AGGAGCUGAUGACUCACUCUGUCAACCCCAACACACGGGCAGUCCGUCUGAAGAGGGGCUCCUGAGCAGCGGGCCGCUCAUUCUCCACUGGAGGGCGAGAGGGACCAGAGCACCGGGGAGGGGGGAGACUGACAGGACGCCGCUGCAGACGCAGGGAGAGCAAAUCCCUGAACCGGACUCUGCUCCAGCAUCUGUCCCCGGCGCCACCGCUGGAUUAAACCGUCCGAGGGUCGAGCAGCAGAUUCACGCCAAGACAUGGGCUUUUCCUCCUGAACACUGUUGAUGUGUUACUGAGCGGCCAAGUGCUAUCCUUCAGUGUUCCCCAGCCCCCCCAGUAUUCUGCCCCAGUGUUUGUCACUUGUCCUCGACCCGAUUCCUAUCUCGGGACCUUCAACUGCACUUCACCCUCACGGUUUGCGAGCAGCCAUGACUAAGUCCUACGAGUUCAACUGGCAGAAGCACCUGCCCAAGUUCAUGCAAGAGGGCGCCUCAUUCGACAGGUUUGAUGAGGACCCCUAUAUAUUUGAGCCCAACUGUCAGAUGAAGGUGGACGAGUAUGGGUUUUUCAUCACCUGGAAAAGUGAAGGAAAGGAAGGCCAAGUGCUGGAGUGUUCACUAAUAAACAGUAUCCGUGUUGGUGGCAUCCCAAAGGACCCCAAGAUCUUGUCAUCAUUUGAGGCCCUGGGGAAAACAGAAGCUGACCUGGAAGGAUGCAUCAUAUGCAUCUGCAGCGGCACAGACCUGGUCAACCUCAACUUCAUGUUCAUGGUGGCAGAGAACCCAGACACAGCCCGGAAAUGGACGGAGGGUUUGAGGUCCGUCAUUCACAACUUUAAGGCCAACAACGUAUGUCCGAUGACCUGCCUUAAAAAACAUUGGAUGAGAUUGUGCUUCCUGACCAACGUUAAUGGGAAAAUUCCAGUGAGAGGCAUUACUCGAACGUUUGCGUCGGGGAAGACGGAGAAGGGAAUCUUUCAGGCUCUAAAAGAUCUGGGCCUGCCAAGUGGAAAGAAUGACGAAAUUGAACAAUCAGACUUCACAUUCGACAUUUUCUAUGCGCUCACACAAAAGAUCUGUCCUCGCACAGACAUUGAGGAACUGUUCAAGAAGAUCAAUGGGAGCAAAACUGAUUAUUUAACUGUAGACCAGUUAGUCAGCUUUCUGAAUGAAAACCAGCGUGACCCCAGAUUGAAUGAGAUUCUGUUCCCGUUCUACGACCCCAAGAGGGCCAUGCAGAUCAUCGAGAAAUACGAGAGGGAUGGAGAGCUGAAGAAGAAGGGCCGCAUGUCCAGCGAUGGCUUCUGCAGAUACCUGAUGUCGGACGAGAACGCCCCGGUGUUCCUCGACCGACUAGAGCUAUAUCAGGACAUGGACCAGCCCUUGGCCCACUACUACAUCAGCUCUUCACACAACACAUACCUAACCGGUCGGCAGUUUGGUGGAAAGUCGUCCGUGGAGAUGUACCGACAAGUCCUGCUGUCAGGAUGCAGGUGUGUGGAGCUAGAUUGCUGGGAUGGCAAAGGAGAGGACCAAGAGCCCAUCAUUACUCAUGGCAAGGCUAUGUGCACGGACAUCCUGUUCAAGGAUGUUAUUCAAGCCAUCAGGGACACAGCAUUUGUUACAUCUGACUACCCCGUCAUUUUAUCCUUUGAAAACCAUUGCAGUAAACCACAGCAGUACAAGAUGGCCAAGUAUUGUGAGGAGAUCUUUGGUGAGUUCCUCCUGAAGCAGCCUCUAGAAAACUUUGUGCUUGAAGCCGGUCGCCCACUGCCAUCACCAAAUGAUCUGAAACGCAAAAUCCUCAUCAAAAACAAACGCCUGAAACCAGAAGUGGAACAAAAACAACUUGAAGCCUUUAAGAAACACAUGGAGGCGGGGGAGACCAACACGCCUGCUAUUAUAAUGGGAGAAGAAAAUGAAGAUGAAACGGACAGUGGAGAAAAAGAUGCUGAUGAUAAGGACAAUUCUGAAGCUCCUAGCAUAGUGUCAGAGGCAAACGGCGAGAAAGAAUCCAAUCACGUUUCUCAGAGAAACGAAAAAGGAAAGGAAGCAGGACGUAAAAGCAGCGAGAAAAAGUCGCCUGAUGACGAUGGAACAGAAGCCUCUGAACCCACAGAACCAACAGAUGUGACAGAUAUUUCUGAAGCAUCAGAUAUGGAGAGCAACAAGAAGGGUGGUGAUGUGGCUGAGGACUCUGAAGAGGCUCUCAUUGCUCAGUAUACAUAUGUGGGAGCCACCACCAACAUCCACCCCUACCUUUCUGCCAUGGUCAACUACGCUCAGCCAGUCAAGUUCCAGAGUUUUGAUGUGGCUGAGGAGAAGAACAUCCAUCACAACAUGUCGUCUUUCAACGAGUCUGUCGGCCUGGGAUACCUGAAGACCAACGCCUUAGAGUUUGUCAACUACAACAAACGUCAGAUGAGCCGCAUCUACCCCAAAGGGGGCCGCGUUGACUCCAGUAAUUAUAUGCCUCAGAUCUUCUGGAACGCGGGCUGCCAGAUGGUCUCGCUCAACUUCCAGACCCCAGAUUUAGCAAUGCAGCUCAACCAGGGAAAGUUUGAAUACAACGGUUCCUGCGGGUACCUACAGAAGCCCGACUUCAUGCGGCGGUCAGAUAGGAUGUUCGACCCCUUCUCAGAGACCCCUGUGGAUGGUGUCAUCGCCGCAACUUGCAGUGUGCAGGUUUUCUCCGGUCAGUUUUUAUCGGACAAAAAAAUCGGAACAUAUGUAGAGGUGGACAUGUACGGGCUCCCCACCGACACCAUCAGGAAGGAGUUUCGCACGCGCAUGGUGAUGAACAAUGGCCUGAAUCCAGCGUACAACGAAGAGCCGUUUGUCUUCAGGAAGGUGAUUCUACCAGACCUGGCUGUACUGCGCAUCGCCGUCUAUGACGACAACAACAAGCUAAUCGGUCAGCGGAUCCUGCCCCUGGACGGCCUGCAGGCCGGUUACCGUCACAUCUCACUGAGGAAUGAGGGCAACAAGCCCCUGUCACUGCCCACCAUCUUCUGCCAAAUCAUCCUCAAGACAUACGUGCCCGACGGUUUUGGAGCUAUCGUCGACGCUCUGUCCGACCCAAAGAAGUUCUUAACCAUCGCUGAGAAGAGAGCUGACCAGAUGAAAGCGCUGGGGAUCGAUACGAACGACAUCGCUGACGUCCCCAGUGGCAGCUCUAAAAACGACAAGAAGGGAAAAAACAAGGGCGACACAGUCAAGGCCAACGUGACGCCACAGAGCAGCUCCGACAUGGCGCAGACCUCCAACUCAGCCCAAAAUAACUCAUCAGAAAGCAAGAAGGAUUCUGCUCUCGUGCCUAACGUCAGCAUCGAGGACUUAAAGCAGAUGAAGUCGUACCUCAAGCUGAUUAAAAAACAGCAGAAAGAGCUCAACACUUUGAAGAAGAAGCACUCCAAGGACCAAAAUGUCAUGCAGAAGGCUCACUGCAGCCAGGUGGACAAGAUGGUGUCCGUGCACGACAAGGAGAAGGGCACUCUGGAGAAGCUGCUGGAGAAGGCCAUCAAAAAACGAGGGGAGAACAACUGCCAGGAGCUGAAGAAGGAAACCGAAGAUAAAAUUCAAACCCUCCUCGCUGAUCACAAAGCCAAGGUAAAGGACAUCACGGCGCUGCACACUAAAGAGUGGUCGGAGCUGAUCAGCAGUCACAGCAGCGAAGAGCAGAACACGAAGGACGGCCACGUCACGCAGCAGUGCGAACACCUCAAGAAGCUUCUGGCCACCGUCCAGGAGCAGCAGACCGUGCAGCUGAAACUCAUCCACGAACGGCAGAGCAAGGAGAUGCGAGCCAACCAAGCCAAGAUGUCCAUGGAGAACAGCAAAGCCAUCAGUCAGGACAAGAGCAUCAAAAACAAGGCUGAGAGAGAAAGGAGAGUGCGAGAGUUGAACUGCAGCAACACCAAGAAGUUCCUGGACGAGAGGAAGCGGUUGGCCAUGAAGCACCAGAAGGAGAUGGAGCAGCUGGAGAAGAACCAGAAGGAGCAGCUGGAGAAACUGGAGAAGUUCAAUGAGCAGCUUUUGAAAUCACACCAUGCAAAUAAACAGCUUCCAGGCCAAGGACAUGCAGCAGAUGGUGAAAUUGGAGGAGGAGAUGGACCGCAGACCUGCCACGGUGGUGUGAGCAACUAACUCACUCACACACUGUCACCGUCUGAUAUAUACCUACACUGUAGCUUUGUGUUUCUGUUCAUUCGCCACCACUGAGCUUCUCACUGUCCACUGAGGGUCGAAACACUCGGCCACCGAGACGCACACCGCGGUCCUCCGCAAGCACCACCACCUGACGUGGGGGGACCAUCGCUGUCAUUUCUUCCUGAGCACUUUGACACACGUUUCCAGAUGUAGCACUGCACUGUAGGUCUCACGCAUCUCAGUAAGAAUGUAUUUUGUAAAAAAAAAAACACUGUACGAAGGAGCCGUGACCCCCUUGUGCCCUCGUCACCCUAGUGGUUUGUUUGACGUUCAAUUUUGAUGUCUUUAAUGAAGGAAAAAGCCCGUGUCAAUUGAACCUCAAGAAGACUGCGGAGAAUAGCCACUAAUCUGGCGAAUAAUCCAGAUUAUAAAUUUGUUUUAAUCGUCCUUUUAUGUUUAUUUAUCAUCAGUCUGCAACAGUUUUGCUCAAAACUUGCCCCCAAUAAUUACAAAUCUUAACCACGUGUCAAACACCUGUGGGAUGAAAUUCAAUCCGCCAUAUAAUUCUAUAUCUUCUUUGACAGAAUGUGGAAAUGUCUCGCUCUUCCACUUAUUGUACUGCAACAGUUCAACAUGGAAGUUCACGUUCAAAAGAAGCAAAGACAGCGAGUCUUGUUUACUAUUCUCACCAAUGGAAAGUAUUGUCAUCUAGUUUUCCAACUUUCUUCCAACAUCCGUUCGGUCCUCCUCUGUGUCUGCUCUCAACAGAGCAGAGAACACGAAGGUGAACGCCACACUGGCUGAAGCACUGAGCUAAGGUCAACAAGAAAAAAAAUUCCUUCAAAAAAGCUCCACACCAAGACAAGGAGGUUCUUGUAAAUACUGGAAUGUACGUAGUUCGUCUCUGUGCAGCGGUUCUGUCCAUCAAGGGCUCAGCGUUCAUUUUGGGGAGACACACUUUUAUCAGUUUUAUUCCCACCUGUUUCCUCUGUCACUUCCUGCUCUCCUCUGUGGCUCCACAUAUCUAGAGACGAUCAAGUGCUUUUAAAUUCGACUCCCAUCGCUUUCAAACGUGCCACUCAGUGUCUGUUAGGAUGUUUAAAUUAUUGGUAAAUGCCAAAAUAAAGGGGGUUAUUUAUAUGAAGACGUAUAUAUCUAUAAAUAAAUGAAUAUAUAUAUUAUAUAUAUAUUAGAUAUGACGUGUAGUUUUAAGAUUAUUUUGUUUGUUUAGAGGCUUUUUUGCACUAGUUGAAUGUUUCUGUUGUGUACAUGUAACUCGGGCUCUCUAGUUUGUCACAAAGCAGAUUAUUUUUGCAGAGCAACGUCACACUUGUUUCAUUUCCUCUGUUUCUACUGUGUUUCCUUGGUUUUUUUCCGUCGGCGAGCCAUCCCGUGGUGUGUUUUUGUAUUUAUAUUGUAUCGUUCUACUUUUAGCUAUGGAGAUCUCCAGCUUCUUUAAUACUGUUUUAUAGUAUGUGUACCAAUAAAUCCUGGUGUAAAAUGGGACACAAUG